ACUGGCUUGUGUUUAUUUUAACACUAAGUUUUGAGGUUUUGUUGGGCUAUAUAAUUGAAAAGAAGACGAUGAAAUACACUGUCUCCCAAUAUGUACGAAAGCUACGAGAUUCUUCUUUUUAUUUUUGAAACCCAGGUUUUCUUUAUACACUCCAUUCUCCGAAUCUCUACUCUCCUCUCGCCGGCGACUCCAAUCUUCUUUUAAUCAGUGUUAUUGCAGAUAAACCAUGAUACGCUCUUUGUCAAGUCGCAUAUCAAAGAGAAUACUCUCUUCUGUUAUUCCUUGCUAUGGAAAUGCUUCUUGUUUCUCUAUGGUCUUAAGACAACCAUACAGAAGUUCAACUCUAUGGCAAAUAUUUUAUAAGUCACAACGAAAUACUAUUCCUUGUGAUUUCUUGAAAUGGGGUUCGCUUGGUUCCAUUAGGACAUCAAAAUUUGCCUCUGGCUUCAGCCCGUUGAAGCCAAAGCCCUUGGACUCUAUUAUUGACAUGGAGAGGGCGAAAAACAAAUCAGCUGAAGAGCUUGCUGACGUUUGGGAUGAUUAUCACUUGGGAAGAGGUCAUAUUGCAGCAUCAAUGAAAGCUAAGUUAUAUAAGCUCUUCGAGCAAAGAUCUUCAAGUUGCCGAUAUUUUGUGAUUCCACUGUGGAGGGGAAGUGGUUACACAACCAUGUUUGUGCAAGUGCAGGCGCCACACAUGCUUAUCACAGGCCUUGAAGAUUACAAGGCAAGAGGAACUCAAGCUUCUCCAUACUUCACAGUUUCUUACUACACCGAAUUUGCUGAAAGCAAGGAUCUGGUUCUUGUUCGAGGGGACAUUGUCUUUACUAGCAAGCUCACUGACUCGGAGGCAAAAUGGCUUUUGGACACUGCACAAUCUUUUUACUUGAAUGAUGUCAGGUACAAACUAGUGGAGUGUUUCAAUAGAGAAACAAGGGAGUUCGAGUUCAAAGAUGUUUUACAAACUUUGGAGAUGCCUAUAUUGUGAUUGAAACAUCUGAAAUCAAUCUUCUCGCAUAAGAGAAAUCCAAAGUUAUGGAGUUUGGUCAAAAUGGAUCAUUCAGAAAUCAGCAUCAAGAGAAUUGUUGUUCUCCUGCCAUUCUGACAGGCAAUUGUGUCUGUCAAGCAUAAUGAAUGUAUUGCAUUAGCAAACAAUCUUUUCUAGUUUUGAUUAUUUCAUUGAGACAAAGUCAAGUAUCUUCAUGGUCAUGUUUUUCUUUCUUUCUUUUCAAUAAUAGCAAUUAUCUUUUUGGAAAAAAAAGAAGAGAAAAGGGCUGAUGGUAGCUGUGUUGUAUUUCUUAAAGAAAGCUUCCUAAUUGCAUAGAUCUGCAAUAAAUGUGAUUUUAGGUCUGUCUUUCAA